ACAUUACUUUCUGUGAAGUAAUUUUUAUGUUAUUAUGUCAUAGCUGGCAAUAGAAUACUUGUCUUCAAGUAUUUACAAAGUUACACUUUUUUCGUUUAUUAUUUCAAUAUUCUAACUUGAUAAGUAGAUAUUAAUUGCUCUAUUGACAAAAUUAGCUUUCACUCUGCAAGUGCCUUAGCAAAAUAUAAGCUAGUUUUUAAAUAGCAACUAAGGAAUAGAAUACUUUUCGGUGUAGUUUAUAGUGAAACUGAUCAAUGUAUUACAUGCAGUAUUGUUGGUGUUUAUUGGUUAAAGUGUUACUAAUUUCAAGGCCAUUUAUUUUGUCACACAAGUUUAAGAAUUACAAUGCCUGUUGCUGCAAAAUUUAUAGUGCCAGUUGCCCUUGGCUUGUCUCUAGUCACCGUCACAGCUUUUGUGGUCUACUAUGUAUUCAAGAAGGAUGAGGAGAAUGAAGACUCCAAGCCCAUUGCUACUUCUCGGGUGAACACCAUUGAAGUCAAUGUUCCUAAAAGUCUGGUCCCUGCUUUAAUUGGUCGCAGUGGCGCCAACAUAAAGGACAUAGAACACAAAUCUGGUGCCAAGAUAAACUUCAAGAAGUUCCCGGACAAAGACUAUGAUACAUGUGUGAUAAGAGGCGAGAGCCACACUUCACAGACGGCAGAGAACCUUAUAAGGGAGUUCAUGAAACAGCAGCCCGUGAUUGUUGAAGAUACUUUGGUUGUACCCAACUGGGCUUGUGGCAGAAUCAUAGGCACAGGCGGUGAGACAAUCAACGACAUCAGCCACCGCAGCGGAGCUCGAGUCAAAGUAGAGGGCCCCCCGACGGCCGACAACGCAUCGCAGAGACAUGUCAACUUCCGAGGCACCAAGGAGCAAAUCGAGGUCGCCAAGGGACUGGUGUCCAACUGUGUGGCUCAAGAGAAAUGCCGUCGCGAGAUCGAACAGUCGAAGCGUAGUCCGCGUCACGUCCAAGUCCAGCCAGCCACGAGCUCAGCAAACACAACAGGAGCGCCAGCGCAAGCGGGAGCGGGGACGGAAGCGACAGCGGGCGCGGGCGACCACGUGGAGGAAUCGCCAGGUGACCCCAAACGCGUCAAGUAUAAGCGGAAUGAAGCGGCAUCGUCCAGUAUCGAAGUAUACGUAUCAGCCGUGUCGUCUCCCGCUCGCUUCUGGGUGCAGUUCGUCGGGCCGCAAGUGUCGCAACUGGACGAACUGGUCGAGCACAUGACGGAGUACUACGGCGACAAGGCGAACCGCGAGGCACAUGCGCUAACAUCGGUAUCAGUAGGGCAAGUGGUAGCGGCAGUGUUCCGCCACGACGGGCGCUGGUACAGGGCGCGCGUGCACGACAUACGACCCAACGAGUUCGACGCCACCAAACAGGUGGCGGAUGUGUUCUACUUGGACUACGGAGACAGCGAGUACGUGGCCACGCACGAGCUUUGCGAACUGCGCGCCGACCUUCUACGGCUGCGGUUUCAGGCAAUGGAGUGUUUCCUGGCAGGCGUGAAGCCGGCGGGCCGCGACGAGGACGUGGUCCGGGUGACGGCCGCGGGGCAGCGCUGGGAGCACUGGCCCGCCCCGGCCGUCGAGCGCUUCGAGCAGCUGGCGCAGGUCACUACUCAUAUAUUAGCAGGCGUGCAGCCGCCGGCCCGCCACGAGGACGUGGUCCGGGUGACGGCCGCGGGGCAGCGCUGGGAGCACUGGCCCGCCCCGGCCGUCGAGCGCUUCGAGCAGCUGGCGCAGGUCACUACUCAUAUAUUAGCAGGCGUGCAGCCGCCGGCCCGCCACGAGGACGUGGUCCGGGUGACGGCCGCGGGGCAGCGCUGGGAGCACUGGCCCGCCCCGGCCGUCGAGCGCUUCGAGCAGCUGGCGCAGGUCACUACUCAUAUAUUAGCAGGCGUGCAGCCGCCGGCCCGCCACGAGGACGUGGUCCGGGUGACGGCCGCGGGGCAGCGCUGGGAGCACUGGCCCGCCCCGGCCGUCGAGCGCUUCGAGCAGCUGGCGCAGGUCACUACUCAUAUAUUAGCAGGCGUGCAGCCGCCGGCCCGCCACGAGGACGUGGUCCGGGUGACGGCCGCGGGGCAGCGCUGGGAGCACUGGCCCGCCCCGGCCGUCGAGCGCUUCGAGCAGCUGGCGCAGGUCACUACUCAUAUAUUAGCAGGCGUGCAGCCGCCGGCCCGCCACGAGGACGUGGUCCGGGUGACGGCCGCGGGGCAGCGCUGGGAGCACUGGCCCGCCCCGGCCGUCGAGCGCUUCGAGCAGCUGGCGCAGGUCACUACUCAUAUAUUAGCAGGCGUGCAGCCGCCGGCCCGCCACGAGGACGUGGUCCGGGUGACGGCCGCGGGGCAGCGCUGGGAGCACUGGCCCGCCCCGGCCGUCGAGCGCUUCGAGCAGCUGGCGCAGGUCACUACUCAUAUAUUAGCAGGCGUGCAGCCGCCGGCCCGCCACGAGGACGUGGUCCGGGUGACGGCCGCGGGGCAGCGCUGGGAGCACUGGCCCGCCCCGGCCGUCGAGCGCUUCGAGCAGCUGGCGCAGGUCACUACUCAUAUAUUAGCAGGCGUGCAGCCGCCGGCCCGCCACGAGGACGUGGUCCGGGUGACGGCCGCGGGGCAGCGCUGGGAGCACUGGCCCGCCCCGGCCGUCGAGCGCUUCGAGCAGCUGGCGCAGGUCACUACUCAUAUAUUAGCAGGCGUGCAGCCGCCGGGCCGCCACGAGGACGUGGUCCGGGUGACGGCCGCGGGGCAGCGCUGGGAGCACUGGCCCGCCCCGGCCGUCGAGCGCUUCGAGCAGCUGGCGCAGGUCACUACUCAUAUAUUAGCAGGCGUGCAGCCGCCGGCCCGCCACGAGGACGUGGUCCGGGUGACGGCCGCGGGGCAGCGCUGGGAGCACUGGCCCGCCCCGGCCGUCGAGCGCUUCGAGCAGCUGGCGCAGGUCACUACUCAUAUAUUAGCAGGCGUGCAGCCGCCGGCCCGCCACGAGGACGUGGUCCGGGUGACGGCCGCGGGGCAGCGCUGGGAGCACUGGCCCGCCCCGGCCGUCGAGCGCUUCGAGCAGCUGGCGCAGGUCACUACUCAUAUAUUAGCAGGCGUGCAGCCGCCGGCCCGCCACGAGGACGUGGUCCGGGUGACGGCCGCGGGGCAGCGCUGGGAGCACUGGCCCGCCCCGGCCGUCGAGCGCUUCGAGCAGCUGGCGCAGGUCACUACUCAUAUAUUAGCAGGCGUGCAGCCGCCGGCCCGCCACGAGGACGUGGUCCGGGUGACGGCCGCGGGGCAGCGCUGGGAGCACUGGCCCGCCCCGGCCGUCGAGCGCUUCGAGCAGCUGGCGCAGGUCACUACUCAUAUAUUAGCAGGCGUGCAGCCGCCGGGCCGCCACGAGGACGUGGUCCGGGUGACGGCCGCGGGGCAGCGCUGGGAGCACUGGCCCGCCCCGGCCGUCGAGCGCUUCGAGCAGCUGGCGCAGGUCACUACUCAUAUAUUAGCAGGCGUGCAGCCGCCGGCCCGCCACGAGGACGUGGUCCGGGUGACGGCCGCGGGGCAGCGCUGGGAGCACUGGCCCGCCCCGGCCGUCGAGCGCUUCGAGCAGCUGGCGCAGGUCACUACUCAUAUAUUAGCAGGCGUGCAGCCGCCGGCCCGCCACGAGGACGUGGUCCGGGUGACGGCCGCGGGGCAGCGCUGGGAGCACUGGCCCGCCCCGGCCGUCGAGCGCUUCGAGCAGCUGGCGCAGGUCACUACUCAUAUAUUAGCAGGCGUGCAGCCGCCGGCCCGCCACGAGGACGUGGUCCGGGUGACGGCCGCGGGGCAGCGCUGGGAGCACUGGCCCGCCCCGGCCGUCGAGCGCUUCGAGCAGCUGGCGCAGGUUGCGCGGUGGAAGCCCCUGGUGUCAAAGACUUGCACGUAUAAGAAGACGGCAACCGAAGACCAGAAAGAAAAGGAAAUACCCGGCAUUAAACUGUAUGAUGUCACUGAAGAAGGCGAGAUCGACAUCGGCGCGGUGCUGAUCGCGGAGGGGCACGCGGCGCCCGCCCCCGCCGCGCCCGCCACGCCGCGCGCCUCCCCGCCGCGCCCGCCGCCCUCGCCCUUCGGCGACCUGGGCGCCUCCAGGUACGUACUGACCGCGGAGGGGCACGCGGCGCCCGCCCCCGCCGCGCCCGCCACGCCGCGCGCCUCCCCGCCGCGCCCGCCGCCCUCGCCCUUCGGCGACCUGGGCGCCUCCAGGUACGUACUGACCGCGGAGGGGCACGCGGCGCCCGCCCCCGCCGCGCCCGCCACGCCGCGCGCCUCCCCGCCGCGCCCGCCGCCCUCGCCCUUCGGCGACCUGGGCGCCUCCAGGUACGUACUGACCGCGGAGGGGCACGCGGCGCCCGCCCCCGCCGCGCCCGCCACGCCGCGCGCCUCCCCGCCGCGCCCGCCGCCCUCGCCCUUCGGCGACCUGGGCGCCUCCAGGUACGUACUGACCGCGGAGGGGCACGCGGCGCCCGCCCCCGCCGCGCCCGCCACGCCGCGCGCCUCCCCGCCGCGCCCGCCGCCCUCGCCCUUCGGCGACCUGGGCGCCUCCAGGUACGUACUGACCGCGGAGGGGCACGCGGCGCCCGCCCCCGCCGCGCCCGCCACGCCGCGCGCCUCCCCGCCGCGCCCGCCGCCCUCGCCCUUCGGCGACCUGGGCGCCUCCAGGGUGCUCGGGAUGGUAGAGAACCGCAGCUCGUCUUUGCCUCGUGACCACAAGGAAGACCACACCGCAAAUAACAACAACACACAAGCAACCUACCUCGCCACCUCAAAAUCCCUAGGCUCCGGCAUGGAAGCCUCGCACACGCCGGUCUCCAUGACCGACGUGGACCUCUCGAGGCCCAAACUAAACGGCUCCCACGCCCUCAUCGAGGCCGAGCGACGGCACGAGGCCGACGUUGAUGUUCCUCGCACACCCGACUUACACAAGACUCCUAUAGAUGAACUGAAAGCUAAUAUAAAUAGAAUCGAUUCGCAUCAUGGUAAUUUAGAAUCGCUGGGCAGGUUGCAUGAGUUAUAAGUUCGGUAGUGUCAUGAAUAUCUGUACAUUUUAGUUGCUUGGCGAUAAAGUGUACAGAUAUUUAUUAUUAUUUCAAUUAGGCAUAUAUGUGACAUUUUCUGGCACAUGAUAGCAUUGUUGGCUGUCAGCAGUAAAAGCUAUAAGCAAACCGAGUAUAAGAUACUCUUUGCCUGAAAACGUUACAUGUAUAUAUAGAAGAAAUAAACAUGCACUCGAAUCUAUUACUCGAAUCUAAGAGUGUUAGAGCUUGUUUAGAUCUUUUUGAGCUCUUUAUGUCGGUAUUCAGCUUUUAAUUGCACUGUAGUAUAAAGUUCACUUUUACAUGUCAAUUACUCUGGUGUCAUAUUUAUCCUCAACUUCUAUUCGAAGGUUUUCAAACGUCUUUUGAGAAGACAAUAAUUAGAAUUAGAUUAUGGGCUCACCACAGGGAGAGUAUUUAGAGUGAUAUGUGUAUGUUAAAAAGCGCUGGUGGCCUAGCGGUAAGAGCGUGCGACUUGCAAUACGGAGGUCGCGGGUUUAAACCCCGGCUUAUACCAAUGAAUUUUUCGGAACUUAUGUACGAAAUAUUAUUUGAUAUUCACCAGUCGCUUUUCGGUGAAGGAAAACUUCGUGAGGAAACCGGACUAAUCCCAAUAAGGCCUAGUUUACCCUCUGAGUUGAAAGGUCAGAUGGCAGUCGCAGUCGUAAAAACUAGUGCUUACGUCAAUUCUCGGGAUUAGUUGCCAAGCGGACCCCAGGCUCCCAUGAGCCGUGGUAAAAUGCCGGGACAACGCGAGGAACAAGAAUGUGUAAAUAUGUUAAAUAAGAGAGAAAAGAUAGAUUAUGAAGAAUUGUUAAAAAUAUUCGUGAACUAUUAACAUUUUGCUCUGAAUUUCGUCAAUGAAAUAUACCUAAAGUGGAAUACUCCUCGGACGGAAAAGAGAAGUCAAACAACAGAACUGGGCUACAACCGCGAAAAUCGAAGUUCGUCAAUUGCGGUCAUUUUUCUCUGUCACUCUAAUUACGUCUUAGUGAGAGUAAAAGAGAAAGAUCCCCGCAAUUUGCGAAUUUCGGUUUUUGCGGUAGGCCUGCAUCUCAUUUUUACGAGAUUAGCGACAUCUAUUGACAAUAAUACCAACGGCUCAGAAAGCAAUUUGUCAAUAUAUUAACUUCAGUAAGUAUCACUCUUGCAUAUUCGAGCGAUAGAGUUUGAAAAGGAAAUUUCUAUUUUCGUUUU